AUGAGCAAUAAUCUCAAGCUCUCGAUUCCGGUUGCUGGUGAAGAAUCCAUCACCAAAUUCCUGACGCAGAGCGGUACGUUUAAAGAUGGAGAUCUACGAGUUAACAAGGAUGGAGUUAGAAUCGUUUCUCAAUCGGAGCCUGAAGUUCUGUCUCCAAUUAUGCCAACGGAUGAUGAAUUGAGCUUGUCGGAUUUGGAUAUGGUGAAAGUUAUUGGAAAAGGAAGCAGUGGUGUUGUACAGUUAGUUCAACACAAAUGGACUGGCCAGUUUUUCGCGUUGAAGGUCAUUCAACUAAAUGUCGAUGAAGCAAUUCGAAAGGCAAUUGCACAAGAGCUCAAAAUAAAUCAAUCAUCACAAUGUCCAUAUCUUGUUACCUCGUACCAAUCAUAUUAUGAUAAUGGCGCAAUCUCACUAAUCUUGGAGUACAUGGACGGAGGGUCUCUAGCAGACUUUCUCAAAUCAGUUAAAUUCAUCCCUGAAUCCUAUCUUUCUGCCAUCUUUAAGCAAGUGCUUCAGGGAUUGAUCUAUCUUCAUCACGAUAGGCAUAUCAUCCACCGUGAUUUGAAACCAUCCAAUCUGUUGAUCAACCACAGAGGAGAAGUCAAAAUCACUGACUUUGGUGUGAGUACAGUUAUGACAAACACCGCAGGUUUAGCAAACACAUUUGUCGGGACUUACAAUUAUAUGUCUCCAGAGAGAAUCGUUGGGAACAAGUACGGUAAUAAAAGUGAUAUAUGGAGCUUGGGUUUAGUAGUGCUUGAAUGUGCAACAGGAAAGUUCCCUUAUGCACCUCCGGAUCAAGAGGAAACAUGGACCAGUGUUUUCGAGUUGAUGGAAGCCAUUGUUGACCAACCACCACCCGCUCUUCCUUUAGGAGAUUUCUCCCCUGAGUUAUCUUCAUUUAUCUCCACAUGUUUGCAAAAGGACCCGAACAGUCGGAGCUCUGCAAAGGAACUGAUGGAACAUCCUUUCUUGAACAAAUACAACAACUCGGAGGUCAAUCUCGCAUCCUACUUCACAGAUGCAGGAUCGCCGCUUGCAACACUUGGGAAUGUUUCCGGUACGUUCGCUGUUUAA